AAACAAAACCCACUUUUAUAAGAUGUGUGUAAAAUGAAUGGAUACCUUUAAGGUGAGUAAAUUGAUGAGCAUAAGGAAACGUUUGAUCAAAGCUCAAUCAAAGACCAAAGCUCAGUUCCCCAACUGCGUGCUGUCUGAUUCGCUAAAGGACUUAACCAACUACAGCUGGGGAUAGUGGGGAAGAGGAAUUAGGUAGUCCAGUAAGUACAUCACAGCUUCUGAAAUCCAGAUUUCUACUUACCUUCUAAAUGAUGUUUGAUUUCAGAUUGGUUUAUCUUAUCUUCUGUCUAAUUCAACACCCCUUUAUUGCAUUUCCUAUUUUCCCUAAUCCAAGUUUCCAAAUCAGUCUUCUUAUGCAUUACAAACUAUUCAGAAUCGGCUGAGAUGGAGGAAUGGUCAGUAGCCGCUGUAACCACGUGAUGCAAUAAAUAGAAGCUGGAACCAUUCUUUUUGCUUGCUUGAUGGAUUGUCAUAGAAAAGAAUCAAAAGCAUCAAGCAGGAUCGAUGACCGCCUAACCAGUGAUGUUGUGGUAAGACUUAGAACACAGGAUCGUGAUCACUGGGUUUAUUGCCAUUCUCAUAUCCUUGUCCAACAAAGCAAGUAUUUUGCUGACCGGUUAUCCGACACCUGGCCCAUGUGUCAAAUUCUCGACUCCCGCAACUGUGUUGAGGUUCACUGUGAAGAAAGUGACUUCGACCACACACUCCACGUCCUACGUCUCUUGUAUCUCAUUUCAGAUUCUUCAGUGAAUGCUGAUAUUUGCCAUGGUGUAAGGACUGCCCUUGGCAUUUUACAGGCAGCCUUCAAGCUCGGCUGCCCGGAAGUUGUCACUGCAUGUGCAGAAUAUCUGGAAGCUGUCCCAUGGGAGGAAGCUGAAGAAGAAGAUAUCCUAAAAGUAAUUCCAAACAUGGGAUCCCAAGUGGGACCUGUACUUGCCCGUCUACAACCUGUCACUCGCUCUGCUAUAAUCAAACUAUUUGUCUCAGCAAUGCGAUUCGCCACCUCCUCACCUCCAGAAUCUUUGAAUGAUCUAAAAAGAACAGCUCAAGAACAGCUCGAGUACAUGCUGACCGAAGAUGACGAUGGCUCUCUAUUAACAGCUGAUAGUAAUGAGGUCAAACUAGAAGUGGUGCAAUGCAUUAAGAGACUCC